UUCCUUGUGCAUAUUCUGCUGCCAUGGGAUCUGCGGUGUCCAGCAUUGUACCCUUGGUUGAGCAGAGCACAGUUACAACGUGGGAUGGCACUGAGCUUCCAAGCAAGCGCCUGCUUGUCAGCCAGGAGACUUUCCAGUCAGAAUCAGCAAGUCUGCUCGUUUUCUUGCACGGCCUGGGCGAAAGGAUGAGCGACUACGAUGAUACGUCUACCUCGGUGAACUUGCAGAACGUUCUGGGCAAGGGAUCCCUGCCGCCAGCAAAUAUUCCAAGCAUCAUCCUCUUUGAUGGACGCGGCCAUGGAAACAGCUCUGGUUGGGAAGGGAAAGGACCUGAACAAUUUCAUUGGAAGUACCUGAGCCUUGACAUGCUGCAAGUGGCAGCGGCCUACAGGCCAUGUCUGUCACAGCCGUUGGAACCAAACUAUAUCUUCGGUGGUUGCAGCAUGGGUGCCGCGGCAGCUGUUUGGGCUGCUGUGAUGUACCCACGCCGCGUGGCUGGCCUUGUGCUUUUCAUGGUUCCCACCAUGUGGGCAACGCGUCAAGCGCGACGCGGAGCCCUGGAAGCCAAGGCGGACGCCCUCCGUGCGUCGGAACCAAAUCGAGCUGAAGUCAUGACAGGAGCUGCACGAGCAGAUUUCCCGCCCAGGGAAGACCUGGAAAGGUUGGCUGCAACUGGCAUCCCAGUUCUUAUCGUCACUGCUCGGGAUGACCCCAUUCACCCCGCGAGUUCUGCGGAAGCACUGGGCCAAAUCUUUGGAUCCAGCGCACGAGUUGUCACUGACUGCAAGGCAUCAGAGGUUGGUGCAAUAUUCAGCACUGAAUUGGUGAGUUGGCUUGAGCAAUUGCCCCCGGCUUUGGCGUAGAUGACAUGGUUUUUCGGUGAGCUGCCGCAUAUUUGCCUCAGCGGAGGAGGAAUGAUUUCAAAAGCGCAAGCUUGGAGCCGAUGCAUCAUAGUAUGAUUUCACUCAUUUGGAGGGCUCAGAUUCUAACCAGUUGUCGGAAUGAUUGUGAUGGUAAUGUCCAGGCGGGCCAAAACGAGAUAUAAUCAGACUAGGUUGAUCUAGG